AUGGCCAACCUGAAAAUUGAGCUGUCGAAACUGGACAGUGAAGCCUGGCCCGGGGCGCUGGAUGUUGAGAAGGAGAAGCUGAUGCUGAUUCACGAGAAAGAAGAACUUCUGAAGGAGCUCCAGUUCGUCACUCCGCAGAAACGCACCCGAGACGAGCUGGAGCGCCUGGAGGCCGACCGCCAGCGGCUGGAGGCGGAGCUGCUGUCCGUGCGGGGCGCCCCCAGCCGGGCGCUGGCUGAGAGAUUGAAACUGGAAGAGCGAAGGAAGGAGCUGCUCCAGAAACUCGAAGAAACGACCAAAUUAACUACUUAUCUGCACUCAGAGCUGAAAAGCCUCUCCGCCAGCACCCUGUCCAUGUCGUCCGGGAGCAGCCUGGGCUCCCUGGCCUCCAGCCGGGGGUCCCUGAACACCUCCAGCAGGGGCUCGCUCAACUCCCUCAGCUCCAGCGAGCUCUACUACACCAGCCCGGGCGACCAGCUCGACGUGGACUAUCAGUAUAAACUGGACUUCCUCCUGCAAGAAAAGGGCGGUUACGUACCUUCCGGGCCCAUCACCACCAUCCAUGAGAACGAAGUGGUCAAGUCCCCCAGCCAGCCCGGCCAGAGCGGUCCCUGCGGGGCGGCCGCCGCGGGCCCUGCGCCCCUGCCGACCGAGGCCCCCAAGUCUGUGACGUCCCUGUCCUCGCGGUCCUCCCUGUCCUCCCUGUCCCCUCCGGGCUCCCCCCUGGUGCUGGAAGGCACCUUCCCCAUGUCUUCCCACGACGUCCCUCUCCACCGGUUCACCGCCGACUUCGACGACUGCGACGUGAGCAGCCACUUCGCAGACAUGGGCCUCGGCGACAGUCAGAUCCUGCUGGACACUGACGCCGGAGGCGCGUCCCAGGCCCUGUUAGAGGACAAAGACCUGCGCGAAGGCGCCAGGGAGCCCUUCUACGAAGGCACUGCAG